GCUUCUGUCUUUGUGAACCUAACACCGUCCAUUAAUCCAGACAUGGGACAUCUGGAGUUAAUACUAGUAGUAAUAUGGAUAACAGGUUGCUUUACCAUAGACAACAACGAGAAUAGAUAUGACGUGACAGAGAGAGAUGCUGUAGUUUUGGCCUCCUGUGACUUCAACAAAAAUGAAGAACCUUUCUGCAACUUCCAACAAGACAUCACAGAUAACGGUGAUUGGACACGCCAUACUGGACCCACCCCAACUCCAGAAACAGGACCUGAUGGAGACUAUCCAGAUGGCUCUGGCUUUUACAUAUAUCAUGAGGCUGACAACAGCAUAAAUGGACAGAAAGUACGCCUCCUCAGCCCAGUUAUUAGUAAUGGACCUGCUGAGAUCUGUGUACAGUUCUACUACUACAUGUAUGGCAGUGAUGGCAGUAACACUCUGACUGUGCUGGCCAAACAUUCUGGCUCUGAGGAACAACUGUGGCAAAAAACUGGGAUUCAGAGCCCGUCAUGGCUUGGAGCUUCUGUCACAGUUCCCAUACCAGCCGGGCAGACUCAGAUUGUUUUUCAAGCAAUGCGUGGGCUCUCUUCAUCAUGUGACACUGCCCUGGAUAACAUUGUCAUCAACGAGGGAGCAUGUGCUGGCUGUAUAGCUGGGUGUGAUUUUGAUGAUAAAGACUAUUGUGGCUGGAUGAAUGAGGUAUCAAAUGACGAUAUCUAUGGUUGGGAGACUUGGACUGGACCGACAGAGACACCAGGCACUGGCCCUGAUGAUGAUUACUCCAAACCAGGACUGGGGUCAUACUUGUUAUUGGACUCCAGCUAUAGCAUUGAAUCAGAAUCCGCUCAGCUCUGGAGUCCCUCUACCUCAGUCUCUGGUUGCCUGCAGCUGGACUUUCAUUACUACAUGUAUGGCAGUGCUGCCAACAUGGAACUUAAUGUCCAUGCAGUCACCACUGGUGGGGCACUUGGAGUCCCUAUUUUCAGCCUCACAGGGAAUCAAGGUCAAGACUGGAAGCCUGCAAGUGUUCGUUACAUUGGCACAGCUGGUACAGUGCAGUUUGUAAUUGUUGGUGUUUAUGGUGAAACAGACAAGACAGAUAUUGCUAUUGAUAGUGUCUGCAUUACCAGUUGUACAGCAACUCCAACAACACCUAAGCCAUCCCCACCCCAACCCACUACACCUAAACCAACAACACAGGGUCCAUCAACUCCUAAACCAUCUACACCCCAACCCACUACACCUAAACCAACAACACAGGGUCCAUCAACUCCUAAACCAUCUACACCCCAACCCACUACACCUAAACCAACAACACCAGGCCCAUCAACUCCUAAACCAUCUACAGCCCAACCCACUACACCUAAUCCAACAACACAGGGUCCAUCAACUCCUAGACCAUCUACACCCCAACCUACUACACCUAAACCAACAACACAGGGUCCAUCAACUCCUAAACCAUCUACACCCCAACCCACUACUCCUAAACCAACAACACCAGGUCCAUCAACUCCUAAACCAACUACACCUAAGCCAACUACUCCAAAACCAACACCACCAGUGAACUGCCCUCCAGACUCUGAAUACAUUGAUUGCGGCCCAGCCUGUAUUCCUACCUGCGCAGAACCCUCCACCAACUGCUCUGGUUCUUGUAUCAGCGGCUGCUUCUGUAAACCAGGAUUUGUUUUCCGUGGCCGGCGCUGUGUUCCUAUUGAGCAGUGUGGGUGCCUGGAUGAAGAAAACAAUUACUUUGAGCCUGGUGAGAUCAUUUUUGGAAAUGGCUGUUCCAAGUUGUGUCGCUGUGCUGGCAACUACACUUUCGACUGUGUGGACAACACCUGUGACUCUGUGACAGAAGAAUGUCGGGAGGUUGGUGGAGUGCAUGGCUGCUACCCUAAAGGAACUUCCACCUGUAUUUCUUCUGGUGACCCCCAUUACACCACCUUUGAUAAGCGGCGCUACGACUUCAUGGGAAACUGUUCUUACCUGAUGUCUGAACUUUGUAACAGCACAGAUGUGCCUUACUUUGCUGUAUACACAGACAAUGAGAAUCGCUACAACAAUCCUUAUAUCAGCUAUGUAAAAGCUGUUCAUGUCCAUGCGCUGGGAGUGAUAGUGUCCAUUCUGAAAGGAGGAACUGUGCAGGUCAAUGGUACCAAAGUGAACAUUCCUCUGACUCCUGUCAGUGGUGUUGACAUUUUUAUGUCUGGCAAGCACUACACAGUGGUCUUGAACUUUGGAGUUACUGUACGUUACGAUGGAAACCACUUUAUGGACAUUAAAGUUAUCAAGGACUAUGAGGACAAACUUUGUGGACUGUGUGGGGACUACAACGGAGACCCUAAGGAUGACUUCCAGACCCCGACUGGUGAACUGGUCCAAAACCCCAAUGACUUUGGCCACAGCUGGAACACAGACCCUGAGUGUAACAAGCCAGAGGUCAACCCAACCCCAGGAUGUACAGAUGCUGAGCAGGAUUUGUAUGAAGGGCCUGCUUACUGUGGUCUCAUAUUGGACACCAAUGGCCCAUUUGCUGCUUGCCAUCCAAAAGUCAACCCAAAUGGUUUCUUCCAAGACUGUUUGUUUGAUGUGUGUGAGCUGGAUGGAGCUCAUUCUGCAUUGUGUGAAGCAAUAGAGUCGUACGUCAACGAAUGUCAGGACCGUGGCGUCACAAUUGGACCCUGGAGAAACAGCACCUUCUGUCCUCUGAAAUGCCCACCCAACAGUCAUUUUGAGUCAUGCGCCCCAAUUUGCCAACCUUCCUGUAACCCAAUUCCACCAAAUCAGUGCACUGGGCCUUGUUCUGAAGGAUGUGUUUGUGACCCUGGAUACAUCCUCAGUGCUGGUCAGUGCGUGAAAGAAGACACAUGUGGCUGCAGGCAUAAUGGACAUUAUUAUCAGCCAGGUGAAGAGUUCUACACCAAGGACUGUGAGCUACUGUGUAAGUGUAACCCCCCAUUCGUUUCCUGUAGUGCUGCUGACUGUCCACCAAAGGAACAAUGUGGAGUACAGGAUGGUGUAAUCGGGUGUUACCCAGAAGGAUCUCAAGACUGUAUUAUCUCUGGUGACCCUCAUUAUAACACCUUUGAUGGCAAAUACUACAGCUUCAUGGGCACUUGCACCUACACUCUGGCCCGCACCUGUAAAAACAACACUGGCCCCUGGUUCUCCAUAGAGGGUAAGAAUGAAGAGAGAGGAAUUUCUGGUGUUUCUUACCUGAGGAAACUGUACGUGACUGUUGAUGGUGUCACUGUGACAAUGAUGAAAAACAGGAGAACUCUGGUAAAUGGACUCAGGGUGUCCCUCCCCCACUCGCCAUCUCCGCUCAUUUCUCUGUCUCUUGCUGGCCAAUAUGUAAUCCUCACAACUUCGUUCGGCCUAGAGGUGAAGUGGGACGGCAACCAUUACGCCAAGAUCUCUGUUCCUAGUUCCUACUAUGACCAGAUGUGUGGCCUGUGUGGGGACUACGAUGGAAACCCUAAUAAUGACUUCACUAAGCCAGAUGGCUCCCAAUCUGACAGCUCACAUCAGUUUGGCGACAGCUGGCAAACUGAUGAGGACGAGGAUGCAACGUGCAAGCCUGACCCUGGACCUCAACCACCCUGUGAUCCUGUGCUGGAGGGUGUGGUGUCAAACCCAGAGAACUGUGGGAGAAUAACUGACACAAAUGGACCUUUUAGGGACUGUAUAAGUGUGGUGGACCCGUUGCCGUUCUUCCAGAGCUGUGUGUUUGAUAUGUGCCGUUAUCAAGGGCUGCAGCAGGUCCUUUGUGACCAGCUUCAAGCUUACACUGAUGCUUGCCUGAGUGCAGGUGCACCUGUCCAUCAGUGGAGGGAGCCAGACUUCUGCCCUCUGGUAUGCCCUCCGAACAGCCAUUACUCCAUAUGUGUGAGCUCCUGUCCGGAGACAUGUCUGGGUAUCAAUGGACCACCGGGCUGCAGUGAGAAGUGUGUAGAGGGCUGUGAGUGCGACCCUGGCUUCAUCCUCAGUGACAACAAAUGUGUUCCUGCUAAAGACUGUGGCUGUGUGGACCCCUCAGGCUCCUACCACCCAGUGAAUGAGAGCUGGUAUCUGGAGGGCUGUAAGCAGAAGUGUACAUGUGAGGGUGGAGGAACUAUUCAGUGUUACGACACCAGCUGUCUUCCUACUGAGAGUUGCCAACUUGAAGAUGGAGACUAUGUCUGCAAACCAAGUGUGAACUGCCCUCCAGACUCUGAAUACAUUGAUUGCGGCCCAGCCUGUAUUCCUACCUGCGCAGAACCCUCCACCAACUGCUCUGGUUCUUGUAUCAGCGGCUGCUUCUGUAAACCAGGAUUUGUUUUCCGUGGCCGGCGCUGUGUUCCUAUUGAGCAGUGUGGGUGCCUGGAUGAAGAAAACAAUUACUUUGAGCCUGGUGAGAUCAUUUUUGGAAAUGGCUGUUCCAAGUUGUGUCGCUGUGCUGGCAACUACACUUUCGACUGUGUGGACAACACCUGUGACUCUGUGACAGAAGAAUGUCGGGAGGUUGGUGGAGUGCAUGGCUGCUACCCUAAAGGAACUUCCACCUGUAUUUCUUCUGGUGACCCCCAUUACACCACCUUUGAUAAGCGGCGCUACGACUUCAUGGGAAACUGUUCUUACCUGAUGUCUGAACUUUGUAACAGCACAGAUGUGCCUUACUUUGCUGUAUACACAGACAAUGAGAAUCGCUACAACAAUCCUUAUAUCAGCUAUGUAAAAGCUGUUCAUGUCCAUGCGCUGGGAGUGAUAGUGUCCAUUCUGAAAGGAGGAACUGUGCAGGUCAAUGGUACCAAAGUGAACAUUCCUCUGACUCCUGUCAGUGGUGUUGACAUUUUUAUGUCUGGCAAGCACUACACAGUGGUCUUGAACUUUGGAGUUACUGUACGUUACGAUGGAAACCACUUUAUGGACAUUAAAGUUAUCAAGGACUAUGAGGACAAACUUUGUGGACUGUGUGGGGACUACAACGGAGACCCUAAGGAUGACUUCCAGACCCCGACUGGUGAACUGGUCCAAAACCCCAAUGACUUUGGCCACAGCUGGAACACAGACCCUGAGUGUAACAAGCCAGAGGUCAACCCAACCCCAGGAUGUACAGAUGCUGAGCAGGAUUUGUAUGAAGGGCCUGCUUACUGUGGUCUCAUAUUGGACACCAAUGGCCCAUUUGCUGCUUGCCAUCCAAAAGUCAACCCAAAUGGUUUCUUCCAAGACUGUUUGUUUGAUGUGUGUGAGCUGGAUGGAGCUCAUUCUGCAUUGUGUGAAGCAAUAGAGUCGUACGUCAACGAAUGUCAGGACCGUGGCGUCACAAUUGGACCCUGGAGAAACAGCACCUUCUGUCCUCUGAAAUGCCCACCCAACAGUCAUUUUGAGUCAUGCGCCCCAAUUUGCCAACCUUCCUGUAACCCAAUUCCACCAAAUCAGUGCACUGGGCCUUGUUCUGAAGGAUGUGUUUGUGACCCUGGAUACAUCCUCAGUGCUGGUCAGUGCGUGAAAGAAGACACAUGUGGCUGCAGGCAUAAUGGACAUUAUUAUCAGCCAGGUGAAGAGUUCUACACCAAGGACUGUGAGCUACUGUGUAAGUGUAACCCCCCAUUCGUUUCCUGUAGUGCUGCUGACUGUCCACCAAAGGAACAAUGUGGAGUACAGGAUGGUGUAAUUGGGUGUUACCCAGAAGGAUCUCAAGACUGUAUUAUCUCUGGUGACCCUCAUUAUAACACCUUUGAUGGCAAAUACUACAGCUUCAUGGGCACUUGCACCUACACUCUGGCCCGCACUUGUAAAAACAACACUGGCCCCUGGUUCUCAAUAGAGGGUAAGAAUGAAGAGAGAGGAAUUUCUGGUGUUUCUUACCUGAGGAAACUGUACGUGACUGUUGAUGGUGUCACUGUGACAAUGAUGAAAAACAGGAGAACUCUGGUAAAUGGACUCAGGGUGUCCCUCCCCCACUCGCCAUCUCCGCUCAUUUCUCUGUCUCUUGCUGGCCAAUAUGUAAUCCUCACAACUUCGUUCGGCCUAGAGGUGAAGUGGGACGGCAACCAUUACGCCAAGAUCUCUGUUCCUAGUUCCUACUAUGACCAGAUGUGUGGCCUGUGUGGGGACUACGAUGGAAACCCUAAUAAUGACUUCACUAAGCCAGAUGGCUCCCAAUCUGACAGCUCACAUCAGUUUGGCGACAGCUGGCAAACUGAUGAGGACGAGGAUGCAACGUGCAAGCCUGACCCUGGACCUCAACCACCCUGUGAUCCUGUGCUGGAGGGUGUGGUGUCAAACCCAGAGAACUGUGGGAGAAUAACUGACACAAAUGGACCUUUUAGGGACUGUAUAAGUGUGGUGGACCCGUUGCCGUUCUUCCAGAGCUGUGUGUUUGAUAUGUGCCGUUAUCAAGGGCUGCAGCAGGUCCUUUGUGACCAGCUUCAAGCUUACACUGAUGCUUGCCUGAGUGCAGGUGCACCUGUCCAUCAGUGGAGGGAGCCAGACUUCUGCCCUCUGGUAUGUCCUCCGAACAGCCAUUACUCCAUAUGUGUGAGCUCCUGUCCGGAGACAUGUCUGGGUAUCAAUGGACCACCGGGCUGCAGUGAGAAGUGUGUAGAGGGCUGUGAGUGCGACCCUGGCUUCAUCCUCAGUGACAACAAAUGUGUUCCUGCUAAAGACUGUGGCUGUGUGGACCCCUCAGGCUCCUACCACCCAGUGAAUGAGAGCUGGUAUCUGGAGGGCUGUAAGCAGAAGUGUACAUGUGAGGGUGGAGGAACUAUUCAGUGUUACGACACCAGCUGUCUUCCUACUGAGAGUUGCCAACUUGAAGAUGGAGACUAUGUCUGCAAACCAAGUGUGAACUGCCCUCCAGACUCUGAAUACAUUGAUUGCGGCCCAGCCUGUAUUCCUACCUGCGCAGAACCCUCCACCAACUGCUCUGGUUCUUGUAUCAGCGGCUGCUUCUGUAAACCAGGAUUUGUUUUCCGUGGCCGGCGCUGUGUUCCUAUUGAGCAGUGUGGGUGCCUGGAUGAAGAAAACAAUUACUUUGAGCCUGGUGAGAUCAUUUUUGGAAAUGGCUGUUCCAAGUUGUGUCGCUGUGCUGGCAACUACACUUUCGACUGUGUGGACAACACCUGUGACUCUGUGACAGAAGAAUGUCGGGAGGUUGGUGGAGUGCAUGGCUGCUACCCUAAAGGAACUUCCACCUGUAUUUCUUCUGGUGACCCCCAUUACACCACCUUUGAUAAGCGGCGCUACGACUUCAUGGGAAACUGUUCUUACCUGAUGUCUGAACUUUGUAACAGCACAGAUGUGCCUUACUUUGCUGUAUACACAGACAAUGAGAAUCGCUACAACAAUCCUUAUAUCAGCUAUGUAAAAGCUGUUCAUGUCCAUGCGCUGGGAGUGAUAGUGUCCAUUCUGAAAGGAGGAACUGUGCAGGUCAAUGGUACCAAAGUGAACAUUCCUCUGACUCCUGUCAGUGGUGUUGACAUUUUUAUGUCUGGCAAGCACUACACAGUGGUCUUGAACUUUGGAGUUACUGUACGUUACGAUGGAAACCACUUUAUGGACAUUAAAGUUAUCAAGGACUAUGAGGACAAACUUUGUGGACUGUGUGGGGACUACAACGGAGACCCUAAGGAUGACUUCCAGACCCCGACUGGUGAACUGGUCCAAAACCCCAAUGACUUUGGCCACAGCUGGAACACAGACCCUGAGUGUAACAAGCCAGAGGUCAACCCAACCCCAGGAUGUACAGAUGCUGAGCAGGAUUUGUAUGAAGGGCCUGCUUACUGUGGUCUCAUAUUGGACACCAAUGGCCCAUUUGCUGCUUGCCAUCCAAAAGUCAACCCAAAUGGUUUCUUCCAAGACUGUUUGUUUGAUGUGUGUGAGCUGGAUGGAGCUCAUUCUGCAUUGUGUGAAGCAAUAGAGUCGUACGUCAACGAAUGUCAGGACCGUGGCGUCACAAUUGGACCCUGGAGAAACAGCACCUUCUGUCCUCUGAAAUGCCCACCCAACAGUCAUUUUGAGUCAUGCGCCCCAAUUUGCCAACCUUCCUGUAACCCAAUUCCACCAAAUCAGUGCACUGGGCCUUGUUCUGAAGGAUGUGUUUGUGACCCUGGAUACAUCCUCAGUGCUGGUCAGUGCGUGAAAGAAGACACAUGUGGCUGCAGGCAUAAUGGACAUUAUUAUCAGCCAGGUGAAGAGUUCUACACCAAGGACUGUGAGCUACUGUGUAAGUGUAACCCCCCAUUCGUUUCCUGUAGUGCUGCUGACUGUCCACCAAAGGAACAAUGUGGAGUACAGGAUGGUGUAAUCGGGUGUUACCCAGAAGGAUCUCAAGACUGUAUUAUCUCUGGUGACCCUCAUUAUAACACCUUUGAUGGCAAAUACUACAGCUUCAUGGGCACUUGCACCUACACUCUGGCCCGCACCUGUAAAAACAACACUGGCCCCUGGUUCUCAAUAGAGGGUAAGAAUGAAGAGAGAGGAAUUUCUGGUGUUUCUUACCUGAGGAAACUGUACGUGACUGUUGAUGGUGUCACUGUGACAAUGAUGAAAAACAGGAGAACUCUGGUAAAUGGACUCAGGGUGUCCCUCCCCCACUCGCCAUCUCCGCUCAUUUCUCUGUCUCUUGCUGGCCAAUAUGUAAUCCUCACAACUUCGUUCGGCCUGGAGGUGAAGUGGGACGGCAACCAUUACGCCAAGAUCUCUGUUCCCAGUUCCUACUAUGACCAGAUGUGUGGCCUGUGUGGGGACUACGAUGGAAACCCUAAUAAUGACUUCACUAAGCCAGAUGGCUCCCAAUCUGACAGCUCACAUCAGUUUGGCGACAGCUGGCAAACUGAUGAGGACGAGGAUGCAACGUGCAAGCCUGACCCUGGACCUCAACCACCCUGUGAUCCUGUGCUGGAGGGUGUGGUGUCAAACCCAGAGAACUGUGGGAGAAUAACUGACACAAAUGGACCUUUUAGGGACUGUAUAAGUGUGGUGGACCCGUUGCCGUUCUUCCAGAGCUGUGUGUUUGAUAUGUGCCGUUAUCAAGGGCUGCAGCAGGUCCUUUGUGACCAGCUUCAAGCUUACACUGAUGCUUGCCUGAGUGCAGGUGCACCUGUCCAUCAGUGGAGGGAGCCAGACUUCUGCCCUCUGGUAUGUCCUCCAAACAGCCAUUACUCCAUAUGUGUGAGCUCCUGUCCAGAGACAUGUCUGGGUAUCAAUGGACCACCGGGCUGCAGUGAGAAGUGUGUAGAGGGCUGUGAGUGCGACCCUGGCUUCAUCCUCAGUGACAACAAAUGUGUUCCUGCUAAAGACUGUGGCUGUGUGGACCCCUCAGGCUCCUACCACCCAGUGAAUGAGAGCUGGUAUCUGGAGAGCUGUACUCAGAAGUGUACAUGUGAGGGUGGAGGAACUAUUCAGUGUUACAACACCAGCUGUCUUCCUACUGAGAGUUGCCAACUUCAAGAUGGAGACUAUGUCUGCAAACCACUUGGUACAGGCAUUUGCUCUGUUUCUGGUGACCCUCAUUAUAACUCCUUUGAUGAUAAAGUACAUCACUUCAUGGGUGCCUGCUCCUACACCCUCACUAAGCCCUGUAAUGAGACCUCCGGCUUGCCAUACUUUUCUGUGGAGACACAGAACGAGCACAGAGACAAUAAUAAGAAAGUGUCUUAUGUCAGAUCUGUUAUCAUCAAUGUCCAUGACACAAAGGUCAUUUUGGGCAAGGGUCGCAAAGUUCAGGUGAAUGGAGUUCAGGUCACUGUGCCUGUCACACUUCCAAACGGUAUCAAGAUCUUCCUAAGUGGCAAAUUUGUGGUGCUUGAGACAGACUUUGGAUUGCGCGUCCGUUUUGAUGGAAAUCAUCAUGCAGAUGUCACCCUGCCUUCCUCCUACAGCGGACUGUUAUGUGGACUCUGUGGAAACUAUAAUGAUAAUCCUAAUGAUGACAACAUCAAGCCAGAUGGAAAGCCAACAGACAGCACCAAUGAGCUUGGAGAGAGCUGGCAGGUGCCCGAUGACCGACCCGAUUGUACUCAUGGCGGAGGAGACAUUGAAUGUGAUGACAAGAUCCAGAGUGAAGCUACGAAACCUACUAGCUGUGGCAUGAUCACCGAUCCAAAUGGAAUCUUCAAGCCAUGUCAUGCAGUGGUGCCUCCCGAGCCUUACUUUGAGAACUGUGUGUUUGAUCAGUGUGGCACCGGUGGCGCCACAGUGGCACUGUGCCAAGCUGUUCAAAGCUAUGCUGACCUGUGCGCUCAAGCUGGGGUGCCAAUUAACUGGAGAAAUAACACCUUCUGCCCUAUUAAAUGUCAGGUUGGGAGUCACUAUGAGCCUUGUGGUUCAGCGUGUCCAGCCAGUUGUCAGGACCCUGGAUCUGAAGGCACUUGUACUGAGCCCUGUGUUGAGGGAUGUGUGUGUGACCCUGGAUUUGUCCUCAGUGGAGACCAAUGUGUGCCCUUCAAGGAGUGUGGUUGCACUGACAGAGACAACAACUACAGGCCUGUUGGAGACAGCUGGUUCACAAAAGAUGACUGCACAGAGCGCUGUGUUUGUUCACCUUUCAAUACCGUGAAAUGCGAGGCAUGGCAGUGUGGUCCCGCUCAGGAAUGUAAAGUCAAUGAUGGUCAGCUGGGCUGUGUGAAUACAGGAAAGGGCAUUUGCCACAUUGCUGGUGAUCCUCACUACUACACCUUUGACGGGAUCAUGCAUACCUUCAUGGGUACCUGCACUUACACGCUGGUGGCAAUAUGCAACCCCUCUAUGGUGACACCCUUCACCAUUGUGGCCAAGAACGAAGAACGCGGCCAGCCAGAAGCUUCGUAUGUUCGCUCCGUGACCGUCUACCUGCCCACUGCCAACAUCACCAUCAGCAAGAACGGAAGAGUACUGCUGAAUGAACGCAGGAUAAAGACCCCCUACGACAUCACUGCAGCCAAGGCACGGGUGUUUACCAGUGGAGUAAACACCAUACUAGACACUGACUUUGGCCUGAUUGUGAAGUUCGAUGGAGUGCACCAUAUUGAGAUCACAGUGCCUGGAGACUAUUUCAACAAGGUGUGUGGAAUGUGCGGUAACUACAACGGCGAUUCAUCUGACGAUAACUUGAUGCCUGAUGGCAAACCAGCUGAAAAUGCCAUUAAACUUGGUGACAGCUGGAAAGCAGAGGGAGACAGUGAUCCUGGCUGCAAACCUGAUCCAAGACCUGAAGACACACCCAACUGUGACGAGAAUGAGGAAGAAAUCUUCCAGUCACAAUGCGCAGCUUCGAUCCUGUCUGAUCUCUUCAAGCCCUGUCACUCUCUCAUUCCUCCAGAAGCCUUUCUGGGGAACUGUGUUUAUGACAUGUGCGAAUAUGAUGGCAUGGAGUCGACUCUGUGCAAUAACAUUGAGGCUUACGCCCAGGCUUGUUAUAGUGCUGGAAUCACGAUCAGCUGGAGGAACAGCACAUUCUGCCCUCUCCCAUGCCCACCAAACAGUCACUAUUCUGACUGCACAGCACCAUGUCCUCCAACUUGUGCCGACCUCUUCCCCAUAUUCUGCCCAUUACCACCCAAUAGCUGUGUUGAAGGGUGCCAGUGCAAUGCAGGCUUUGUGUUAAGUGAUGGCAAGUGUGUUCCCCUCUCAAGCUGUGGGUGUGUUGACAGCAAUGGAGAGUAUCAUGAGGUGGGAGAUUCGUGGAUAACUGACCACUGCGAACAGAGGUGCAGCUGCAGCCUUGGAGGACUGCUGUCCUGCACAUCCUUUGAAUGCAAUGAGAACUCAAUCUGUGAUCUUGACAGCAAUGGAGACCGUUACUGCAAACCUGAGAAAUUCGAUGACUGCAAUAUUGCUGGGGACCCUCACUAUCGAACCUUUGACAAUUACAAUCACCACUACCAGGGAGCGUAUACGUAUGUAUUAACCCAAGGAAACAAUCUGCCAAGCUCCCUCACCCCUUUCAGUGUCCGCGGCAAAAACCAAAGGCAGGGAGGAAUCAGUCGGGUGUCCCUUCUGCACGAGGUCUAUGUGGACGUGUACGGCAUUAGUGUUCGCAUGCAACAGAAGAAGAAAGUGCUGGUCAAUGGCGAGAAAGUUGGUCUACCAUACAGUCCUGUACAGGGAGUUAACAUAAAAACCAAGUCUCGCUUUGUUAUGCUCACAACUGACUUUGGCCUUUCUGUGCGAUUUGAUGGCAGUUCCCAAGGAGUGGUGAGUCUUCCUAGUGUAUACAGAUCUCGUGUGCUCGGUCUGUGUGGUAAUUAUGAUGGACGCACCAGUAAUGAGUACACAAAACCAGACGGCACAGUUACGCGCAACCUCAACGAGUUUGGAGACAGUUGGAGAGUAACUGACAAAAAUGGGGCAAGUCUUCGUAUCACACCCCUACCGAAGAUGGUGCACCUGCACAAGCGUGAAGUGGAGGCCGAGCCAGAUUCAGGGUUUGAGACGACGGGCUGCACAGACGCUCAGCUGACUGAGCUGAACGGGAAUAAACAGUGUGGGGCACUCAGUGACCCUGCUGGUCCUUUCGCUGCCUGUAAUGCUGUGGUCGAACCAAACGUGUUCCAGGAGGAUUGUGUGUUUGACCUGUGUGCUGAGCAGGGCAGUGAAGUACUGCGCUGUGAAAAUUAUGCCGUCUACGCUCGGGCUUGCCAAGAUCAGGGUGCCCAAAUAAAGCAAUGGAGAGAGGCGCUGAAGUGUGAUCUGCAAUGUGGGGCCAACAGCACCUACUCCUUCUGUAUGACUCCAUGCCCGGCGUCCUGCGCAGACCUUGCGGCUCCUUCGGAUUGCGAGCAAACAAAAUGUGUGGAGGGAUGUCAGUGCGCCUCUGGCUUUGUCCUGAGCGACCAAGACUGUGUGCCUUACAGCCAGUGUGGAUGCACUUACCUAGAGCGCUACUAUCUGCUCAAGGAGACAUUUGUGACAGACGAUUGUUCACAGAGUUGUGAGUGUACUACAACUGGGGCUGUGUGUCAAACAAAGAGCUGUGGAGACAACGAGAUCUGCACUGUGUACGAGACCAAACGCGACUGUUAUAAAAUGAGUCCAUGUUUGAGCUCACCCUGUCAGAACGAUGGUACCUGUGUGGUAAAAACAGAGGGUUCUGGGUACACCUGCACUUGCGCUGAAGGUUUUGAAGGCACAAACUGUGAGCUCUUUAAAGUCCCCACUGAGGAUGAGGAAGGCCUGGAUAAAACAUCUAUCAUCUUGAUUGGAGUCCUUGUGCCGCUUGGCGUCAUCCUCAUAGUCACUGCAAUUGUGUGCAUUUACAAGAAGUGCUGCCGCAAGAAAAUGAGUUAUGAGUCAAGUAAAAUUGAACUGAGCAAAACGGAGCAUCCCUAUGACAAUCUGGAUGAUAGUAAGCAGGGAGCAGACAACAGCGAGCUGAAGGCAACAACAUUCUGAACUGUUUUUUGACAUUGAUUUGCUGAUAUUUAUUCACUUUAUAUGUCUUUGUGAAGUAACUGGCAAAACCUCUGUUAAUAGUUUAUCAACCUUUCAGUAACUUAUUUGUAAACUUUAUUGUAAUUUUUGGUGUGAGGUGCGAUAUGAUUGGGGAAAAAAGUGCAAUUUUCAAAUGUCUGUGAACAUCUGAUAUGAAAUAAAUUAUAUUUUCUGUC